AUGUCCCCUACCAUUGUUGACCUCGACGUCUUCCUCGCCGACCCUUCUUCCCCGGCCGCCGCCGAAGAGGCCCGCAAGGCUGCCGAGUCUCUCAUCCUCACCGGCGCGCUGGUGGUGAAGGACUCGCGAGCCGACGCGUCCGCCAACUCGCGCUUCCUUGACCUCAUGGAGGACUACUUUGCGCUUCCUCACGAAGACCUAGAGAAAGACGAGCGCCCAGAGCUGGGUUACCAGGUCGGUGUCACUCUCGAGAACACUGAGAAGCCAAAGUGUGGCCGCGAUGCCGAGUGCCAGCAGGUCAUUGCCUCGCUCGACCCAGCCGAGCGUCCUCUGGAUCUCUCGGGUGACCCCGCAGACCCCAAGUGCCGCUUCUUUCACCGCAUGGCCGAGCGUCCCCCUUACGAGUCCAAGUUUCCUUACUCGACCGCCCCAAACGUCGUCCCCGACGAGUUCAAGGACGUCUGGACUGACAAGCUCACCGAGUGGGGAUCGAUGAUGAAGCAGUCUGUCGAAGGUGUCGCUCGCAUGGUCGCUGUCGGUCUCGGCGAAGACGAGAACAAGUUUGUUGAGGCUGGUCGCUAUGGCGCUCACCUACUUGCUCCCACCGCCACUGACCUCGUCAAGUACGGCGAGCUCAACACCAUCUACGCCGGCUUCCACACUGACCUCAACUUCCUCACUAUCCACGGCCAGUCGCGCUACCCCGGCCUUCACAUCUGGGCCCGUAACUCUGGCAAGCGUAUCGCCGCCAAGGUUCCCCCCGGAUGCCUCCUUGUCCAGGCCGGCAAGCAGCUCGAAUGGCUCACCGGUGGUCUUAUCAAGGCCGGCUUCCACGAGGUUGUGUGCACUGAGGCUACUCUUGCUGCUGUUGAGCGCCGCAAAGACCAGCUCCCCGACCGCCCCAGCAUCCGUAUCUCGUCCACUUUCUUCUGGCACCUCACUCCCGACUUCCACCUCGCUCCCCUCCCCGAGCUCCGCAAGGAGGCCGAGGCCCGCUUCGGCGCUCAGAAGGACUACGGCGAGAUGUCUGUUGGCGACCAGGUUCGCCAGGAGCUCGGCCUCAUUGCCCUCAUGUCGUAA